AUGGCGUAUGAAUUUCCAUGGUCUCCUUCAUCCUCUUCUUCAUUCACAUCCUUCUCUGAUUUCUUGUCUUCUUCUUCAUUUCCUUCUUCGUCUUCCUCUCCUUCUUCGUCUUUCUGUCCUUCCUCUUAUCCGUCUUUCUCUCCUUCAUCUUCUACGUCAUCUUCUUCUUCCUUGUCUGACUUUUCUACAUCUCCUCCUUCCUCAUCUUCUUCUUUGUCUGACUUCUCUAGGUCUUCUCUUUCUUCUUCACUUCUCACAACUUGUUCUUCAACCUCUUCCUCCGUUCAUGAUGCUUCAACCGUCGGAGGGGAUGGAUCGGAACUGCUCUCGCCCUUGGUUUUUGGAGCUCCAAUAUUCUUCUUCUUCUUUGUCCACCUUGUUUUAGCCAUUUUUCUGGAUCGAUAA